AGCUGCUAUCGACAAGUUGUGAAAAUGUAACUGAAAAUCACAUUUUACAAAAUACUAAUCAAUAUACCCAGCCGCAGCACUUCAGGAUGUGGAACAUACCAGACAAUGCACCCUGCUCUGCCACCUUACACGACGAAAUGACAAGGGUGAUCCUUAGACUCUUGGCUUCUUAAUCAGAUCCGCGGUUUAGCCCACCACCCGUCGCUUUGUUCGAUUUUAAUUGUUAUUUUUUGAGGAAGAGGGGUUGAGUAAUCGGCGUGUGUUCUGGCGCUCUAUUUGGUUAACAGAGGUGGUGGUACGAUCCUCCAAAACUUUGGGAAUGACGGAAAAGAGUGGGGGAGGAAGAGGGAGGAGAGAAACUAAUAGAAACUGGAGGAUCUCGUAGAGGCGAAGUGGAGGUCGCGCGAUAUUGCCUUUAGAGGGGUGGAAAUUACAAAAAAAUAUAUAGAACAUCUCAGCGUGGUGCUAUUUAUGUACAUGAGUUACUAUCAUUUGUUUUCUUUUUCUUGUUUGUAAUAUUUUUAUUUGCGGCUUUUCGAGACCAUACAUGUUUUUCAAUAGAAGGCAACUGAUACGGCUUGAAAAAAACAUUUUCAUGUUGGUGUGUAAGAUGCUGGUUAUAUUAAAAUCAUUCUGAUGGAGGAUAUUAGCUGAUAUUAGUGUAUUUCGUCCUACUUGCUGUCUUUGAAUUGGCACGCAGACGACAAGGGGCAAAAAAGAAGAAAAAGUGAGGGGCGCGAGUUGCGGUUGCUAUGGAGAAGCUGCAGCUCGUAGGCCGAACGCAGGCCUAAGCCUCGGACUGGAGUGAUCAGGAGCAGCCGGGAAAAAGAGAAAAGCAGCUGGAGUCCAUUGGAACAAAAUACCUCGGAACCUUUUCACUGAAGACCAGUGAUCUAAAAGUGGGAAGGAAAGUUGAACAAUGCCUCCAAGACCAUCUUCUGGUGAAUUAUGGGGCAUUCAUUUGAUGCCCCCUAGGAUCUUGGUGGACUGUCUUCUACCUAAUGGAAUGAUAUUGACUUUAGAGUGCCUCCGUGAGGCCACACUGAUUACUAUUAAGCAUGAACUUUUCAAGGAAGCUAGGAAAUAUCCUCUGUAUCAUCUUCUGCAAGAUGAAAGUUCAUACAUUUUUGUCAGUGUUACACAGGAAGCAGAACGGGAGGAAUUUUUCGAUGAAACAAGGCGGCUAUGUGAUCUUAGACUUUUUCAGGCUUUUUUAAAAGUUAUUGAACCUGUUGGUAACAGGGAAGAAAAGAUUCUUAAUAGGGAAAUAGGCUUUGCUAUUGGUAUGCCUGUUUGUGAGUUUGAUCUUGUAAAAGAUCCAGAAGUACAAGAUUUCAGAAGAAAUAUACUAAAUGUUUGUAAGGAAGCAGUGGACCUCAGAGAUGCAAAUGGACCUCAUAGUCGAGCAUUAUAUGUAUAUCCUCCAAAUGUUGAAUCCUGUCCUGAACUUCCAAAGCACAUUUCCAGUAAACUUGACAAAGGGCAAAUAAUUGUUGUAAUCUGGGUGAUAGUUUCCCCAAAUAACGAUAAACAGAAGUACACUCUAAAAAUAAAUCAUGACUGUGUACCAGAGCAGGUAAUAGCUGAAGCUAUCAGAAAAAAAACAAGAAGCAUGCUGCUUUCUCCUGAGCAGCUGAAAAUGUGUGUACAGGAAUACCAGGGAAAAUAUAUUCUGAAGGUGUGUGGCUGUGAUGAGUAUUUGCUGGAGAAAUACCCACUAAGUCAAUACAAGUAUGUAAGAAGCUGUAUAAUGCUGGGACGCAUGCCAAAUCUAAUGCUAAUGGCCAAGGAGAGUUUGUAUUCACAGUUGCCAACAGACAAUUUUACCAUGCCAUCUUAUGCACGGCGAAUUUCAACUGCCACACCUUAUAUGAAUGGAGAAGCCUCUAGUAAAUCCUUGUGGUCUGUUACUGACACCUUAAAGAUAAAGAUUUUGUGUGCAACUUACGUUAAUGUCAACAUUCGUGAUAUUGACAAGAUAUAUGUGCGAACCGGCAUAUAUCAUGGAGGGGAACAACUAUGUGACAAUGUCAACACUCAGCGGGUGCCAUGUUCCAAUCCAAGGUGGAAUGAGUGGCUGACAUAUGAUAUGUUCAUUCCUGAUCUUCCUCGUGCAGCCCGUCUCUGUUUGUCCAUCUGCUCUGUCAAAGGGAGAAAGGGUGCCAAAGAGGAGCACUGCCCUUUGGCCUGGGGAAAUAUAAAUUUGUUUGACUAUACACACACCCUUGUUUCUGGAAAAAUGGCUCUAAAUUUAUGGUCUGUUCCUCAUGGACUGGAAGACUUACUAAACCCUAUAGGAGUUACUGGUUCAAAUCCAAAUAAGGAAACGCCUUGUUUAGAAAUAGAGUUUGACAAUUUUAGUAGUCUUCUGAAGUUUCCUGAUAUGUCAGCUAUCGAGGAACAUGCCACUUGGACCAUGUCCCGAGAUUUGGGUAUUAAUUACUUUCAGUCUGGCUUGAGUAACCGACUGGUAAGAGAUAAUGACUUGACAGAAAAUGACCUUGAACAGUUUCGCCUGUUGUGUAACCGAGACCCACUUUCUGAAAUCACUGAGCAAGAGAAAGACUUUUUAUGGCGAAACAGAGAUUACUGUGUGAAUAUUCCUGAAAUUCUUCCUAAGAUGUUGCUUGCUGUGAAGUGGAACUCCAGAGAUGAAGUGGCGCAAAUGUAUUGUCUUUUGAAAGAUUGGCCACCUAUUAAGCCUGAGCAGGCAAUGGAAUUGUUGGACUGUAACUACCCAGAUCCAAUGAUACGUGAUUUUGCUGUAAGGUGUCUUGAGAAAUAUUUAACAGAUGAUAAACUUUCUCAGUAUCUUAUUCAGCUUGUGCAGGUCCUUAAAUAUGAGCAGUAUUUAGAUAACCCAUUGGUGAGAUUUUUGCUGAAGAAAGCCUUGACUAAUCAAAGAAUAGGACAUUUCUUUUUUUGGCAUCUGAAGUCAGAAAUGCACAACAAAACUGUCAGUCAGCGUUUUGGCUUGUUAUUGGAGUCCUACUGUAGAGCGUGCGGGAUGUAUCUCAAACAUCUAAGCCGACAAGUUGAAGCCAUGGAGAAGUUAAUUAACCUCACUGACAUACUUAAACAGGAAAAAAAAGAUGAAGCACAAAAGGUACAGAUGAAGUUUCUUGUAGAACAAAUGAGAAGACCAGAUUAUAUGGAUGCCUUGCAAAAUUUUACUUCUCCACUUAAUCCAGCACAUCAGUUGGGGAGUCUAAGGCUUGAAGAAUGUAGGAUAAUGUCAUCUGCAAAAAGGCCCCUGUGGUUGAAUUGGGAGAAUCCAGAUAUUAUGUCUGAGCUCCUUUUUCAAAAUAAUGAGAUCAUCUUUAAACAUGGAGAUGAUCUGAGGCAAGAUAUGCUUACUCUUCAAAUCAUAAGAAUAAUGGAGAAUAUUUGGCAGAACCAGGGCCUUGAUUUGAGAAUGCUUCCAUAUGGCUGUUUAUCAAUUGGAGAUUGUGUGGGGCUUAUUGAAGUUGUACGAAGCUCGUACACUAUGAUGCACAUUCAGUGUAAAGGAGGACUCAAAGGAGCUUUACAGUUUAAUAGCCAUACAUUACAUCAGUGGCUUAAAGACAAGAACAAAGGGGAAAUGUAUGAUGCUGCCAUAGACCUUUUUACACGUUCCUGUGCUGGUUAUUGUGUAGCCACGUUUAUCCUUGGAAUUGGAGAUAGACACAAUAGCAACAUCAUGGUAAAGGAUGAUGGACAGUUGUUUCAUAUAGAUUUUGGUCAUUUUUUGGACCAUAAGAAGAAGAAGUUUGGCUACAAGCGUGAACGUGUACCAUUUGUCUUAACUCAGGACUUCUUAAUUGUCAUAAGUAAAGGAGCCCAAGAAUGCACAAAAACAAGAGAGUUUGAAAGGUUUCAAGAAAUGUGCUAUAAAGCUUAUUUAGCAAUUCGACAGCAUGCCAAUCUUUUCAUAAACCUCUUUUCUAUGAUGCUAGGUUCAGGGAUGCCAGAGUUACAGUCUUUUGAUGACAUUGCUUAUAUUAGGAAGACAUUGGCAUUAGAUAAAACAGAACAGGAAGCCCUGGACUAUUUUAUGAAACAGAUGAAUGAUGCUCACCAUGGUGGAUGGACAACAAAAAUGGACUGGAUUUUUCAUACAAUACGACAACAUACAAUGACCUAAAAUACAUUAGUACAAUAGAAGUGACUAAAUGGAAAGGCCAUGUUGUGCAAUGUUGCACGUAACUUCUGAACCACAGAAUGGACAAAGAAAUAUCUAGCAAGCACCUUCACAGCACUGAAAAAUCGAGAUAGACUGGGAGAACAUACUGCCCUCAUCCUGGACAAAGCAGAAGCAGGACUUAACAGUAGUGUUGAAGGCUUCACUAGUUAGUGAUGCCUUUUGCACUUAUGUUUUUGCUUUUAAAUUUCCAUCUGUAAGACACUGGGUUAGUAAGUAUAUUCCUUGGUUUAUGUAUUUGGAAAGCUUCUUGCCACGUGUGGUUGGAGGCAGAAAGGUUCUCCUUUACAUCAUGCAAUACAAAGUGUUGCAUUUUGAUUUAUUUAUGAAAUAUAUUUUUAUUUGUUUUAUGAGAACCCCAUGGGUUCUCUUGCUUUAUUUUUUAUGUUGGAAGGGCUUAAACUAUUUUUAAUCCAUAAAAAAAUGCAGCUAAAAUGGCGUAGUCCCUACAACUGCACUGUUAGUUCUUUAUUGAUUGGUUUAGUACAAUAAUAAGGUCAUGCGUAUUUUACUCCCUGUUGACAUUUACAUGCUGCAUUAAUGGUUGCACAGAUUUUUAUAUGUAUGAAACCUAUAAAAUAUCCCAGCAUUUGGUUUGCUUUAAUGCUAAACAAAUUCUGGUUGCUUAUGAUUUACAAUUACAGACCUGUAUUUCUUGGUUUGAUACACAAUUCUCAGACCGUAUCUGUCAUGUGGGUGGUCUUCAGCAGUGUGGGUAAUCUGUUGUAGUUACUGAAAUAAUGACACAGUCCAUUACAUCCUUUCCUUUUCCAUUUGUCUGCGGUGUUGCAUUGUAAAUUUGAAGCUGAUAAUUUAUUAAAUCACCAAUAACAAAGUAUUUUUAAGACCCUUUUAGAAAAUGAACGUUUUACUGUAGGCAAAGUGAUACACAUCAGUAUUGAAGAAACUUUUUAUGCAAAUAUAAUCCACAAUACACUAAUGUGUUGUUAUUCUAUACAUUGGCACUUAUUUCAAAUAUUUCUGUAGUCCUGCAAAUAGAAGUCGAUUCAAUGCCCUUCUUUUAAUUAAAAUGAUGCAGAAUAUUUAGCAUUGAGUUAUUAUCAUGAAUAUUUUGAGGUAUGACCCUUAUAGUCUCAUUUCAAAGUAAGAUCAUUUUUGUGUAAAUUGCAUAACACACUCAUAGUGAUAUUGUUCUAACAGUUUUACAUAUUUUUCAUUUGGCACGGUUUGUUUUGACAGCUGCUGUUUACCUAAAAUUUCUGUCCUCUUUUCUAAAAAAGCUAAGUACAGAUAGAACAAAUAUAAAUACAUCAUGCAACAAUACUACCGAUCCAUUUCUGCCAACAUCAGUCAGGAAGGCUGAUGUAUGCCUUUCAGUUUUUACACUAAUAAAAUGCAAUUUCAGGAUGUCUGAAGUUCUUUAUGUACAGUUUUAGAUACAAAACAUAACAAAUUCAAGUAAAAAUAGACACUUAAGAUUAUACUACUUAAAACUCUAUGCAGGACACAUCCAUCCUUUGAUGCUACAGUCUCAGUCGUAUAAAAUAUUUAGGGAGCAGUUAUAUUUUUGACAGCUACUGCUGCACCGGGGUCUUGACAAUAAACUUAUUUUUACUAUAGUAGAAAUGAUGAGUGUGUGGUAAAUUGAUUCGUUUUCAGUCUACCAAGGGCCUCAAGUGUUUUGCUUUUUUUUCCCCUCCACUUGCUUUAUUUGGGGCAAUAAGGGCCAUCUUAUUACUACAAUCAGUUUUUUAUACCUAGCUUUAGUAAUCAUUAAAAUAGAAGAUAAGUAUUGAUUUUUUUUAACUUUUGUUUCUCAUUUCUUUGCUAUUUAAGAAUGUAUGCAAUGUAUAUAAGAACUUGAUGUGUACACAAAAUAAUUACCUCUAUCAAAUAUAUACUUUAUAAUUUAUUAUUGUUCUGCCCUCCUCCUGCCAUACAAAUAUAUAAGUGGCAUAUUUGUUAUAGCUCUGUUUUUUUUUUUUUUGACAGUAAUGAAUGGAUAUUAAAUACAUUAGGAAUUUAUACAGAUACAAAAAAAUAUUGUUAUUUAAGAGUAAUCAUAUUUUUGUUCCCGAAACUAACUACCUACCUCUUAGGUGAAAUUUUCUUGAAACAAAAAAAAAAAAAAAAACAUUUCAGGUUAAUCCAUUUUGUGUGAGUUUACAAACAUACUCGCUAACAUAGAGGGCGUUUGUCUCUCUAUAUGUGUCCAAGAGGUAUUUGGAUUACCUGAAAAAUGUAAUUCUUCAAGGCUAUGGUAGAAAAAUAACUAUUUUAAGAAAUAGGUUAAACAAAAUAAUACAUUAGUGAUAUAUAGUGCCAGUUAGUUUUUUCUGUUCUCAUGAACUCAGUUAUAAUCUGUGAACAAGUGCAAAAUAAUGCAUGUAUAUUUAAGUUUACUAAAUUGGUGCUUUAAUAAGUUACAGAAAAAUGGUACUACAUUUAACAUUUUUUCACAUUUAUUUUAAGGUGAUGCAGUUAACAGCAUGUAGGUUGACACAGAAGACAUUGAGGGGAUAUUUAUUUAAAAAAAAGUUUUGUUCUACAUAGACUGCUGGUUAUGAAGAGCUUAUUUGCCACUGAACUGUUACCUUUGUGCAAAAUGCUUCUUUUGUUUUUCUGUGAAACACACAUGCACUGGAGUCUAAACAUCUUGACUCCUCAUGGACAGCACUGCACUUUCUCGUAGAAUUUGUGUAGGCUUGUGAAGCUGAAAGCCUGAGUCAGUAAAAGUGAAGCCUCAGCACUAAAUACUUUGUUGAGAAGAUUUUGUCAGAAAGAGCUAGUUUUUCAAAUUGGUCUUCUUUCCUCCUCAUUAUAUAGAGGUUGUGUGUGUGUGUGUGUGUGUGUAUAUAUAUAUAUAUAUAUCUCUCUCUCUCUAUCUCUCUCUCUCUCUCUCUCUAUAUAUAUAUAUAUAUAUAUAUAUAUAUAUAUGAAUAAAUAAUUUAUAUACGCACACACAUAUAUGUUCAUUUUUUUAAAUGAAUCCUACAGUGCUAGGAUUUGGAUUUAUUUUAGUAUAGGGUUAUUUUUCAGUGGAUAUUUUUCUUUCACAUUUUGUUACGCAAAAUGUUUUAGAGAACAAAGAAAUAGUCAAUAUAGAACUAAGUUGGAAAGUCAGGUUGUUAAUUAAAUUGGAAAUAAUAUAAAAUUGUAGCAAUUUUCAAGAAAUUCAAAGGUAAUGGGUCCCCGAAAAGAGAUUUAGUUAUAACCCAAUUGUGCUGAGGAAAAGCUUCCCUUCGAUAAAGGAAAGCUGCUUGAUAUUCGCCAGAGAGAAAGUGAUGCUGCUAACAAUGCUAGUCCACUUUUAAAUCUACCUCUUCAAUGUCUAGACUCUGUCUCUUUUGAGCCUGACCUCUGUCGCACAGAUGCAAGAAAGGUCUAUGUGGUGCACACUUGUCAUCAAAAUGUAUUCUUUAAUAGUUUAAUAAAAUUGUUGAAAAAUUUUCUAUAUUAUGUUUUGAAAUGUGCCUUUUCAUAAAGCACAUAGAGAGUGGGAUUUAAGAAAUAGUUUAAUUUCCAAGAACUGAACAGUUUCUCACUUAAUGACUCUAAACUUUGUUUCCACCUGGAUUCUCGUUUAAAAAAAUACAUUACAUAGCAAAGCAUAUUUUAAACACUGGACCCAAAGAUAUUUGGUAAAUUCUUCUGAAGUUAAUAAAAUGCAUCAGUUGUAUGAUCUAAGAAGAUGAUUUAAAAUACAGUAGCAAUGUGUAGAUUAUAUUUUAGUGUGCAGUUGUAAAUAUAAGAAUGAAUACUAAUUAAAUAUGUGUAAAUAUUUUUAAUUUAUUUAAAUGCUCCUUAUUGCCACAGCAUUGGAUUUGUGGCAUAGCACAAGUAACAUGUCUGAAUUAAAAUGUAAAGGAUGGAAGUUUCUGCUAUUAAGUGGGUCCAUGUUGUUAUUUUAGGCAGAAGAAAGGUUGUAUGAUAAUCCAGUGUAUUUAAAAAGUAACCUUCAAGAAAGUGUCCAAGAGUAUUUCAAAAUAUACUAGUUCAGUUCCAUUGGUAGGCAUAGUUUUUUGGUUUGAUUAUUUGAAGAACAUACCUUUUUAUUAAACUAUAAAGAAACACAAUGAGAAGUCUGCUUGCCUCCAAUAGAAUUAUUUCUUGUUAAUAUGUCUAGAUUUGCUGUUUCUGUUAACUCUGUUGUUUAAUAUGCUUUUCCACAGAAAUGGAAGUAUAGUGGGAUUUAGAGGAAUGUGCUGCUUGUGUAAAAAUUGGGUUAGAAUUUGAAUGUUGCUGAAAAACUGUCCAGUGUAACAAAUUGGAGAAUUAUUUUUUGUAAGCAUGUCUGCCCACUGGAUAUUAGUAGUUAAAACGUGUACAGUAGUUACAUUGUCAUUUAUACAUUUUAAUAUAAAAUGUAUUAGUCCUUACAUGUUAUUGCUUUUACAAAAAAAAUAUUUAUGAAACAUAUUUUGAAAUGUGCAUUGCAACUCCAUGAUUGUAUGUGCUCUUAUUUCAUUUACCAGCUUUGUUAAUUUAUCCUUUUUCUUUAAAAUGAAAACUGAUUAAAGCUGCUAUAGAACCCAAAAACACAGUGGUAGUUUAGACAAUCUAUCACAAAAGGCCUAUAUAUUGUGUUCAAUUUUGUGCCUUCUUCUUGUGUAAUAAAUACCAUAUAAUAGGGUUUUUCAAAAACUUUUAAAAGCAGUUAGGUUGUUGCUUUUUUGAGGGGGAUGUGGGGUGUAGUAGUGAAGACGUCAAAGAAAGCCUUGGUUAUAGAUCUGUAAAGUGCAUGUGGAUUCUUCUAAUAAAUCCAUAGCAAUAAAAGAAGCUAUUUUUUGUAAGCCUUUUUAUGCCUGCUCACAACAUACAAAAGCCUGUAUGAAGUGUGAUGCCACUGCACAGAAAACACACAUAGGGUUAGGAAAACCUGCUGCUGCGGCUGAGUUUAGUUAAAGUAUGGAUGGAGGAUUUAAGGUUUUUUUUUUGUUUGUUUUGGUUUUUUUUUUCCUGUAACUACAGAUGGGUUGCCAGCUAUGCUGAAUUGUUUAAGUAAAAGUCACCCAAAUCUUGUAUAUUAAUUUUUUUUUAAAGUAUCCAUAGCUUUAUUUUUGUGUAAAUUAUGCCUUUGGGUUUCCAGUGACAUUUUAAGAAUCCUUAGGAAACUGGCUGAUGUAAACCAGUCCAGACUGAAGUUUUGACUGGAUACCAAAGCCUUUGUUGUGCAGAUGUAAUAUACAUUGCAGUAAUUCAUUUAUAUGUACAGCAAAAUUGAGAA